AUGGCAGGCCCUUCUCUAGAUACACUUCCUGUUGAGCUCCUGACUGAGAUCAGCAGCUAUUUAUGCGCCAUUUGCUGUGGAACAUAUCCCAACAGCCUGAGCCAGAAGCACCUCUCCAGACUCAGUCGCACAUGUCGGCGGCUGCGUGAUGUCUGCCAACCGCUUCUGUUCGACCACUACUACCAUUCUUCCGAGUCCAUGACGCGGCUUCUGUCUUUCCUCCGCACACUGGAUGCCCGCCCUGAUCUCGCAAAGUGCGUGACUAGUCUGGAUUUCCACGAGCCGGGCUAUGCUGAGAACCUCGACGACGAAGAUCGACAGCUGGUGGAGAGCUCCAUCGCCAAGCUUGGUCUGCCCCCAUUGCCGGCUGAGUGGCACGAUUAUCUCCUGGAAAGAAGACUGCUUGUAGCAGAACUUGUGGUCGCGUCGUGUCCGAACAUCAAGGUUCUCAGGGUGCCCAUGAAUCCUGAAUGGACGGUGAGCGUGAUCGCCUCGCUUCCGAAGGACGUUGUCUUUGCAAGGUUGAAGAAGCUAGAUGUUUGGCUUUUCUAUGUCAGCGGCGACCACUAUGCUAUUAAGUACGGGAAAAUCAGCGGGCUGUUGCAUGCGUCGCCGAACCUGGAGCAUCUCCGACUUCCCUCCAUAGAGACGUUCUACCCCGGCGAAGCAGAAGUACCUACCUUGGAGAAGCUGACGGACCUCGAUCUUGGUGAGGGCGCGCCGCCGCCGUAUUUUCUCAACUGUGUUUUGGAGGCGUGCCCCAAUCUCCAAAAGUUCCGCCUGCAUUGGGUCGAUUCGGACGGAUACGACGAAGAUUCCGAAGAGUGGUCGCCUCUGGACGGAUGGCGGGCCCUGCAACGUGUCCAGAGCUCUGUCCGCGAGAUCAUCUUCGAGACUAACAUUGAGUUCCCCGACGAUGAUAACGUUGAAGAAGGCGUUUCGACGCUGCGGGACUUUGCGCGCUUGGAAAUCCUCGAAGUCGGCGGCAGCGCUCUGCAGGCUCUGCACAAAGUCUGGGCGCAUCAUAACCGCCACGCGAGUAUGGAACAAUUCGUAUACCAGGUGUUUCCCUCUACGAUCAAGGAGCUUGCUAUCUGGGACCCUGAUGCGUCGUUAAUCGAGGUUGUCCGCCUUCUCACUCGUGAGACUGCUCGCGAGCAGUAUCCCCGUCUAGCUAGGAUAAACAUUUCUCGGUCAGAGUAUCUGUCGGGAUGGAGGUUUGAUGUGGCGCAAUGGCAAGAAGCCGUUGAGAGACGAGAGUUUGAGCGUUCAACGAUAGACUUGCGCAUCCAACUGCCGACAAUUCUCGAUUACCCUGAUGCCCUCUACACUUUUUAG